CUAAGUUACUCACGCUUGUUUACGUCUUAUAAAGUUUUGUCUUAAGCCUUAAGUCACGUAUUUUAAGUAUGUUGUUAAUGUUCGUGUGUAAAUAUGGGUGUCAGAGGCUUAACAACUUAUAUAAAUUAUAACCAAAAGGCGUUUCUCCGUGACCACCUCCUCCACGAUACGAAUCUUGUGAUAGACGGACACAGUUUGUGUGCUCAGUUAUACCGGCUAUUGAACAGCUUCUCAGCGUUUGGCGGAGACUAUGACAAGUUCGCAGCGUACGUUAAAACCUUCUUUAAGAACCUUCGAAAAUGUAACAUCACGCCUUACGUCAUUUUCGAUGGCGCGUAUGAGAGGCGCAAGUUGAAAACUGCUUACAGUCGCCUCAAAGCCAGGAUUAGAGGAGCAUCUGAACUGGAUCCUGUAACACAGAGCAGCCUUCAAAUUUUCCCAAUUCUGCUACGAGAUACUUUCAGGGAUGUUCUCGUUGAAAUGGGCAUAGCAUACACUGUCUGUGAAUUUGAAGCUGAUGAUGAAAUAGCUGCUAUGGCUAGGCAUUUGGACUGCCCAGUGUUGAGUUAUGACUCAGAUUUCUUCAUCUACAAUGUUCUGUACAUACCUUUUAAUACUAUCGAGUUGAAACCAACACCAAUUGGGACAAAAGAAAAUGGGGAAAAAAUAAAUGCUUUGGAGUGUAAAAUGUAUAAAGUUGAAUACAUGCUGAAGCAUUUUGGUGGGCUAGAAGAUGAACUCCUUCCUCUAUUGGCAACUCUGCUGGGUAAUGACUAUGUUCAGAAAAGAGUUUUUAACAAAUUCUUCUCUCAACUCAAACUGCCAAAGAGCAAAAAGAAAAAGAAUGACCAACAAAGAUGCAUUCACGGCUUAUUCAAAUGGCUGCAAAAUGAGACUUUGGAAUCAGCUAUUGCUAAAAUUAUUGGUAGAAUGAAGAAGAAUCAGAAAGAUAGAGUUUUUUACAUUAUCAAAAGAAGUAUUGAAGGAUAUAAUAGCAAAACUUGCAAUUCGUUAAAAUAUUUCAACAUUGGGCAUAGUGACGAUACUGAGUCAACUGUUGAGCUGAAUAUGCCGGAAUCUGAUGAGAAUGAGUCAGAACAAGAAGAAGAACAAGAGAAGGAGUUAUCAGAUGAUGACAGUAAUGAUGAUGAUGACAAAUCCUCAUCAGGAGAGAGUAUUCAAGAUGAACAACUUGUUCUCGGUGUUCCAGAAUGGUAUGCAGAGAGAUUAAGAACUAAUUUUAUUCCACAGCCAUAUCUAAACUUGUACGUCCACCAUCUCCACUUUUGCGCCCCUCAAGCAGAGGACUACACUGAUGAAGACUCCUUCAUAUGCACUUUACCGAUUAUGAGAUAUGCUUUUGAUUUGUUAACAGACUUUUCUGAAGAUUAUUGCAUAUAUGUUAGUAGAGAUGGCCUGAACUACAAGAGAAUAUUUGUAAACAAGGAAUAUUCAAUAUGCAGGCUCUUUGAUUCACCAUUUUAUGAACUAACAGAAGAGCAGUUGAAACAAUGUUUUGUACAUUUUAUUAAAGAAAAAAUGCCUAAACUAGACUUGACAGUGUUAGAAGAUUUGCCGUCUAAUUUUAGGAUAUACAUGAUAGCAAUAUUGUGGUGGGUGCUUCAAACUAAGCCUCCAUUGGCACAUGUCCUAAGUUUAUUAACAUGUUACGUAACAUUGGAGGUAAUUGAUGAGAAAACAGGGACAUUCCGUGGACACAAUCAUUUUAACAACAAGUACUCGAAGAAAAUAGAAGAACUUAAAAGGUUGCCUGUUACAAGUAACACUGAUGAGAUUUUUUUGAACAGGAACAAGGUCCAAUAUGAAGACUGUUUAUUGGCUGCCAGUGUUCUGCUCAAGCACUUUGAAAUAGACGCUAGCAUAAAUAAGAAGCCAAAGAGUUAUGAUGCGAAGAAAAUGCAUUCUUUUGCAAGGUUUCAAUGUUGCUUACUGCAGCUUAAUUCAUUGAAUAAUUUAUGCUACAAUCCGUAUGAAGCUACUAAAUAUUGGAAAAGUUUCAAUGGCACCUUUGUUUAUAAUAUAGCUUUGGCAUUGGAGCAUCAAAUGGAGCCGUAUCUAUAUCUACAGCAAUACAUAAAGGGUGCUGGUGUGUUAAGGUUUUUGAAAAAUUUGUAUGAAGUAUAUGAAAAGUGUGCGGUAGCUAUGGAUUUGGAAACUACAAAAUGGAUGGGGAAGAAACGAGAGCGGAGGAGGCGAAAGCAUGUAUCUCAGGAUGAUGAUGAUUUUAAUCAUUUUGGUACAAAAGGUUUUGAAUCUGAAGUUAUUAUAUAAAAAUAUAGUUAUUUUCUAUAA